CCGUCGCUUUGAAAUACGUCAUUAACAGUCGCCAGUGCCACUCGUGUUGUCAAAAUGAAAUGUUUACAAUGAGAAUUAUCGUUGUUUUACGUGUAUUUAAACACCAUAAAUCGUUUUAGUUAGUCGAUGAGAUGUCGGGGGUCAGCUCAGAGCUCAUUGACUACCUGGAGGGAAGGAUUUCAUUCGAGCAGUUUGAAAUACGGAGAGAGGAAAGAAAAGCUAAAUUGAAGGUAUCGAACGAAGGGCGUUCAGAGGAAGAUGAAGAGAUUGGACCAGAUGACACUCUCCCCAGCACUUUCCACGGCCGCAGCCCGAGAAAAUGUUCCAAAAAACGGCCCGCAGCGGAUCCCGAGGAAGGCGUCAGCCCCUCUGUCCAGAAAGCCUUUGCCUCGAUGAUGGGGGAGGGAACAGAGACUGAACAGACUGAGGAAGAGGAGGAUGAUGAUGAUUAUGAAGAAGAGGAGGAAGAGGAGCAAGAGGAGGAGGAGAGGAAGGUUGAAGCUAAAGAAGACGAGGGAGGCCCCUCAGCUGGGGAUGUCUUUGCUCUGGAAAUGGAGCUUAACCGAGAGAACAAGAAGAUGAUGAAGGAGAGACGUAACCGCAGCAAGCUGCCCCGGGCCCUGAGGGGCCUCAUGGGAGAAGCCAACAUCCGUUACGCCCGCGGAGACAAGGAGGAUGCCGUCCUGAUGUGUAUGGAGAUCAUCAGACAGGCCCCCCUGGCCUACGAGCCCUUCUCCACCCUGGCUAUGAUCUAUGAAGACCAGGGGGACAUGGAGAAGUCUCUACAGUUUGGCCUGAUCGCUGCCCAUCUCAACCCCAGCGACUGUGAGGAGUGGGUCAAGCUGGCCGACAUGUCUCUGGAGCAGGACAACAUCAGGCAGGCCAUCAUCUGCUACACCAAAGCCAUUAAGUAUGACCCCAGUAAUGUGCGCUACCUAUGGGAACGUUGCAGCCUGUAUGAGCAGGUGGGGGAACACAAGCAGUCCAUGGAUGGGUACCGCCGUAUCCUCAACCUACUGCCCCCUACUGACGGAGAGCACUUCAUGCAGCUGUCACGAGACAUGGCCAAAAGCUACUAUGAGAGUAGUGACCUGCCGUCAGCCAUGGGGGUGAUGGAGGAGGCCCUGAGGAGACACCCAGAGCUGGUGACAGACGAGAGCAUCAACAUGGCUGCUGAGCUCUACAUCGCCAACCACCAACACAGCAAGGCCCUUCAGGUUCUAGUCCAGUUCUGCGGGAUCGUCCUGGAGAGAGGAGAACCUAAGCCAGACCAUGCAGAAGAGGAGAACCCAGAGGGGCAGGAGAAGAUGGAAGCAGAGGAGAACCCAGAGGAGAACCCAGAGGAGCAGAAGAAGAUGGAAGCAGAGGAGAACCCAGAUAAAGAAAAGGAGAUGGAAACAAAGACAACAGAGGAGACUGGAGGGGAGGUUAGAAAGGUGGUAGUUCCAGACCAUGUACCAGUGGACAUCAGAGUGAAGCUCAUGGUCUGUCUGAUCCACCAGCAUGUUUACAGACCUCUGGAUUCCAUGUUGACGUCUCUGAUGGAGCAGAGCCCAGAGGAGCUGGGGGAUCUGUACCUGGACGUGGCUGAGGCCUUCCUGGACGAGGGAGAGUACAACUCAGCCCUGCCUCUCCUCUCUGCUCUGGUCUGCUCUGAGAGAUACAACCUGGCUGUUGUCUGGCUCCGACACGCUGAGUGUCUGAAGGCGCUGGGACACAUGGAGGUAGCAGUGAAGAGUUACAGUAAAGUAGUACAGAUGGCUCCUCUUCACCUAGAGGCCAGGCUGUGUCUGUCUACUCUGCAGCAGCAGCUGGGUCGACCUCUCUGUGCCCUCAAGGCCCUGGAGCCCAUGUACGACCCAGACACACUGGCACAGGACGCCUCCGCAGCACAGCAGGAGUUGAAGCUGCUGCUGCACCGCUCUACUCUCCUGCGUUCUCAAGGCCGACUGGAUGACUACCUGGAUUCCAUGCUGACCAUGCUGGCUAUGCUGCUGAAGGUGGCGAUGACGCGGGCCCAGGUGUGUGUCAGAGCCAGCAUGUGGUCGGGGGUCAGACACCUGCGUCUGGUCAAGGUGUCUAAGGACCUGGUUUCAGACAUCGAUGACCAGGAAGCAGCCUACCAGGACAUCAGUGGUAAGACCAGUGUGUUGUCUCGUGCAGACUGGAGGUUAAUGUUGGUGCGGUGUGUGUGUACGCUGUGUGAGAUGAAGCGUUUUAAAGAGGCAGAGCUGCUGGUGGACUCUUCUCUGGAGUUCUACUCCUUCUAUGACGUCAAGGUGAAGAGGAAAGAGCUGGAGUUCUUUGGUCUGUCUGCUGCUUUCCUGGACCAUAACUACCGCAAGGCCUACGAUUACAUCAGGCUGACGCUGAUGGAGAAGCAGGAGUGGCCCAUGCUGUGGAAUGUAUUCAACCAGGUGACCCUUCACUCCCAGGAUGUGCGUCAUCAUCGGUUCUGUCUGCGUCUGAUGAUGAAGAACCCAGACAACCACGCCCUGUGUGUUCUCAGUGGACACAACGCACUGGUGUCUGGCAGCUUCAAACACGCACUCGGUCAGUAUGUUCAGGCGUUCAGGUCUAAGCCAGAUGAACCUCUGUACAGUCUGUGUGUUGGCCUCACCUUCUUCCACAUGGCGUCUCAGAAGUUUGUGGUUAAACGCCACCCGCUGAUACUGCAGGGCUUCUCGUUCCUGUGGCGUUACGUGGAGCUGCGUGGGCACUGCCAGGAGAGCAUGUACAACCUGGGACGGGCCCUGCAGCAGAUGGGCCUGGCACACCUCGCCAUCCACUAUUACCACAAGGCUCUCAGCUUCCCUCCUCUAACACUAGAGGGUAUUGAGGCUGACCAGGUUGACCUGCGUAGAGAGAUAGCCUUCAACCUGUCAAUCAUCUACCAGGCCAGUGGAAACACUGAGAUGGUACGACACCUCAUCAACACUUACUGCACGGUGUAACAGCCUAUCAGGUCCUCCUAUACUGACCUGUAUAACGGCCUAUCAGGUCCUCUAUACUGACCUGUAUAACGACCUAUCAGGUCCUCCUAUACUGCAAGGUGUAACAGCCUAUCAGGUCCUCCUAUACUGACCUGUAUAACGGCCUAUCAGGUCCUCCUAUACUGACCUGUAUAAUGACCUAUCAGGUCCUCUAUACUGAACUGUAUAAUGACCUAUCAGGUCCUCUAUACUGAACUGUAUAAUGACCUAUCAGGUCCUCUAUACUGACCUGUAUAAUGACCUAUCAGGUCCUCUAUACUGAACUGUAUAAUGACCUAUCAGGUCCUCUAUACUGAACUGUAUAAUGACCUAUCAGGUCCUCUAUACUGAACUGUAUAAUGAUCUAUCAGGUCCUCUAUACUGAACUGUAUAAUGACCUAUCAGGUCCUCUAUACUGAACUGUAUAAUGAUCUAUCAGGUCCUCUAUACUGAACUGUAUAAUGAUCUAUCAGGUCCUCUAUACUGAACUGUAUAAUGAUCUAUCAGGUCCUCUAUACUGAACUGUAUAAUGACCUAUCAGGUCCUCUAUACUGCAUGGUAUAACGGCCUAUGUGAUGUGUAUUAUGAGACGACAUUGAUGGUAUAAGAUAGUAUUUCCCCAAAUAUUUUUUUCAGCAACGAUGACGAAGUUAGUGUAGUUGGUGUGGCCAAUGGCACGGUCUCUGACCGAAAAUGAGCAGAGACAUUUUGGUGUUUUGAAGCAAAUUUUCUGCAAUUCUACACAUUUUGCCAUAGGGCAGAGAAAAUGUUAGUUUUAAAGCUAUUUUCCUGCAAAUCUACACAUUUUGUCAUGGUGCUAAGAGAAAAAUGCUCACUUUAAAAACAAAUGUCCUGCAAUUCUGCACAUUUUGCCGUGGCUUAUGCCGUGUUCUUAUGCUAUCUGAAUGACUCAAGCGUUAUAACAAAAUCAAUGUGGGGCCCCAUGACAUGAUAUUUGGGGAAUUUUUGAUUCUCCCUGACUCUAGUUUUUAUUUUGGUGAUUAUAUUUUUUUGUUCUCAAAGAUAAGCUUAUUAAAAAAUCUAUCCCUCCAUUAGCUUUUCUACAUAGAAAAAAAUAUGUAUGUUUUUUUUUUUGGGGGGGGGGGGAGUGGCAGCAACGAUUGAGCAGCGGUGGGCUGCCACUGCUUAAUGAAUAUAGGGGAAACACUGUGAUGUCAUAUGAUGUCCUGACCUAUACCAUAGGAAUACUAUUACACUGUAUGAUGUAUAGGAAGUCCUAUAUACCAUAGGAAUACUAUUACACUGUAUGAUGUAUAGGAAGUCCUAUAUACCAUAGGAAUACUAUUACACUGUAUGAUGUAUAGGAAGUCCUAUAUACCAUAGGAAUACUAUUACACUGUAUGAUGUAUAGGAAGUCCUAUAUACCAUAGGAAUACUAUUACACUGUAUGAUGUAUAGGAAGUCCUAUAUACCAUAGGAAUACUAUUACACUGUAUGAUGUAUAGGAAGUCCUAUAUACCAUAGGAAUACUAUUACACUGUAUGAUGUAUAGGAAGUCCUAUAUACCAUAGGAAUACUAGAUGUAUCCAGGGGUCACUCCCUGUUCCACAGCCUUGCUAAAAAAAACUGUCUAAAGAUGUAAACAUGUUUUGUAUAUAUUGUUGUCAACAACACCUUAUGUUUACUCUAAUUUGUGUACAUAGAUUUUGUAGAAAAAUGUAUUUGAAUACAUUGAAAUAAGAAAUAAAAAUCAGUUUAUUAA